AUGAAGAUCUCGGCGUUCUUUGCUGUCGUGGUCGCCACACUCUCUACUUCGGUCAUUGCAGGUGAACCUGGUUCACACGACGCCAACGACAUGUGUUACAACACCUGCGAAGCGAACAAGGGCAUCAAGAAUGGCAUGGACAUUGCUUCUCCGGCAUGUGCAGGUUUGACGGGCAAGAUGUGCGAACAAAGCUGCUGGUGUGAUACGACCAAGAGCCAUCCUGAAGGCGUCAUGAGCUGCAACAACAAGAAACUGCCUGCCUGCAGUGCCGACACUAUCCUCAAAACCUGCCAGGCUGGACUCCCCAGUGCGUGGCAUUGCUGGUGUCAGGGAACUUGGAGUGAUUGGGGAAAGGAUUGCGAUCUGUGAUUCCACCGUUGAUAUUGGUAUCAUCGCAAAACCGAUAAUCCAGUCAGGAGUCUAGAAGUUUGGAGAUUUCGGAAUGAUAACACAUUGAUGAGAGUAUGAAUCUUC